AUGGACGGUCUCUUGCGUGGUCUGGUACAGAGGCCGCUGCUCGGCGGUGCUGCUAUUGUCGUCAUUGGACUCGUGCUCUACCUCGCGCUUGUUAACAGACGGAUGCGCGGCGUCCCCGACGACGCCAUGAAGGUGAAGCAGCCGAGCUGGACCGCCCAGGUAUUGCACGAGACCUACGCCCGAUUGGAAGAAAAUCCCAUCAAUGUCGAGACAACAAAGGCCGGUCUGCCGCCGAAGCUGGAGCGCCGCUACAUUGUAACUGGUGGCUGCGGUACGUGCUCACAGAAUUCCACCGUUGUAUUUGGAAACCUUGCUGACAACAACAACGAAGGCCUCGUCGGUGGUUAUCUCGUCCUGCAACUGUUGGCACGCGGCCAGCCUCCGGAGAGCAUCCGCAUUGUCGAUUUCCAGGGGAUGCAUCGCCGAGACAUGCUCGACGGCCCCGCACGCCAUGUUGAAGUCAUUCACACCGACGUCUCGUCGCCUGCCUCCACCGACGCCGCGUUUGGCAAGCCGUGGCCCAAGUCUGUGGCAAAGCUGCCGCUGACCGUCUUCCACACCGCUGCUGUUAUUGUGCCGUCUGACCGUACGCAGUCCGCCUACCGGUUCUUGGAGCGCAUAAAUAUCGAAGGUACCAAGAACGUGCUGGCUUCGUCUCGUCGCGCAGGCGCCGACGUGCUGGUGUAUACAGCUUCGGCAUCGAUUGCCAUUCGCUUUGUCGAGUUCUUUUUGGCACCGUGGCGCCUGCUCACGGGCUGGCCCAAGCACUUUGUGCAGCAACUCAACGAGGACGACUUUUUCCACCCCCUGCGUCCGUUCAGCCAGUUUUUCUCGGCCUACGCAGCGUCCAAGGCUGCCGCAGAGCGCAUCGUCUGCGAUGCCAAUUGCGAGACUCUGCGCACGGGCUCGAUCCGACCGGCCAACGGCAUCUAUGGCCACCCGACGGACAACACUGUGGGUCAACCGCUCAACGGUUCUGUGCAGCCGACGUGGUCAUUUAAUAUCGUAAACUCGUUUCUGCACGGCAUGAACUGCGCUGUGGCGCAUCUGAACUUUGAAGCUGUUCUGGCAGACCCUCGUUCAUCGACAAUGCCCCAGGCCGGUCGCCCGUUCUCGGUGACGGACCCCAACGGCCCCAUCCAGUUCCAAGACCUGUGGUUUGCGAUUGAGAAGCUCAGCAUCACGCCAUUCCGCACAAUCGCGCUGCUUCCGGUGCAGAUGUUGUUGAUGUCGUAUGCCGUGGAGGCGUACAUCAAGCUGCCCCAGCGUUUCCCCGUCUUGAAAACUAUCCUGCCGGCCCUGACUGGUGACAUUAAGCACCUACAGCCGGCACUGUUCUCUGUUGUGACGCACUUGUACGCAACCAACGACCCCGUCAGCAAGUCGGUCAAGGAGGGCGGGCUGGGAUACCGCGGCCUGAUCACAACGCUUGAUGGAGUUGUACAACAGCUGCUCGACUGGAAUUUGGAGCACAAGGGCGUAGAUCGGAGCGCUUGGGUCAGAUACCGCAGCAGUGUUUCCAUGGCGGAAGAUCUGAACAAGAUUGGCGCAACGGCCAAGACAUUGCAGAAGUAG